UUGAACUCUUAAAGGGCGUUUUGCAGGUAAAAUUUUUCAACGAACUUGUGCCAUUUGCUUGUUGAUAAUAAACAUUUAAACUGUUAUCCAUUGUAUUUUAUGUUGUUGGGUAUCACAAAACCCGAAAAAGUAUGAAAAAGUACAGCAAUUUGCAAUGAUUCUCCUUUCCCUCACAACGCACUGUAUGACGUCACGCUGGGGAGAGAAUUGACCAAAGCCGCCUUGAGAGCAUUGAGAAUGACUAUAGAGAGACGAGUAAAGUACAGUUCUGAUAGCGCAGAUAAUAGAUAAAUACAUACAUACAUACAUACAUACAUAGAUAGAUAGAUAGAUAGAUAGAUAGAUAGAUAGAUAGAUAGAUAGAUAGAUAGAUAGAUAGAUAGAUAGAUAGAUAGAUAGAUAGAUAGAUAAGAUAGAUAGACAGAUAGAUAGACAGAUAGAUAGACAGACAGACAGACAGAUGGAUAGGCUAGUAUAGAGAGAUAGGCAGACAGCCAGAUAGCAUAAGGUUAGCAUAUCUUCGUGUAGAAAGUAAACAAACAAUUAACAUACUCGUGCAUGCUGGCUUGAGGGGGUCCAUGAUCCUGCCUGAAAUGGGUGUAACUUUAUGCGAUCUUCAGCACAAACGGUUUUGGCAGCAUGUCUCUAAUCCUGGAAGGUGAGUGAAGCACGUCACGUCUGUUCGCGGGGACCAGCGACCCAAACGCACUCACUUUCUUACAGCCAGUAGCGGAAUGGCAAUCGGGACUUUCCCGGGCCGAUCUGAUAAUAGUUAUACAUUUCGAGUUAUAUUAGCAACACCGUCUGGCGGCGUGAUGUGCGCCGGUUCCCGCAGCCCGCUGGUCAAACUGUGCAGGCAGCCUCUCUGCUCAAUAAAGUAUAUAAAAGUGCUCAACCUGUUCGGCAGGUCCAAACAUGUACAGGAUUUAUAAAAAUACGGUGAUCAAUGAGCGGUUCCUCCUCAAAUGGCUUAGCCUGUCGUGAUGUAAAAAGCCGCCGAACGCCUGUUUAUUACAGUAUGCGGUCGGAUCCGAGUGUGCUGCAGCUGCUGACUGCUGCUGCAUAAAAUGAUCGUGUGAUUCGUUAUAAUCGCAUAAACAAUAUAACAAAGCAUCCUUUUAUUUCACAAAACAAUAUAUUUGAGAUAUUAUUUGAUAGACUAGUAAGUGUGGAUUAAGGAUGUUUAAAAAUCUCUAGCCUGGUGGUCAGGACAUGAAUGGAUCAAAUCAGCAGAUUUGCGAAGUUUUAUUUAUCUCCACAUAUAUCAUAAAUAAUAAUUAGCAAGGUAACUUUGCAGUAUAACACAUUAUAUAUUUCCUACGAUGUAUAUAUGAUUUCCAAAUUAUAUACGUAAGUAUUAAACAGCAAUAAAUGUCUCAUUUAUCUCUAUGGCUCUGGCUGAGUCUUUCUCCACUUCUCCCCAACGUGACGUCAUCGCAGAAUUGCGUUAAAAAAACCGUUAAUACCAAAAACGUAAAAAAAGUGGUCUUUAAGACUAUUUUUGAGACAUUUUAAAAAUUAUACACAUAUCUUGAGUGAUUUAUGUACCCAUUAAUCGACAGUGGUGGUUAACCUGCAACAUACACUUUAAAUUCGAUGAACAAAGUCUGCAUCUCUCUUCGACAGACAUCUUUUUCUAAUCGUUGUUGUUUUCUGGACAGUUACAUUUAAGUAUAUGUCACGACCACACGUUAGCGAUUGGCUAUGGCAGAUCCUGAGUGACUCUGGGCAGAUCAAACAGUGUUGAACUUUAACAGAGAACCCACCUACAAGAAGGUAAACGUUUCUCAAUGUAGAGAGCCCAGACUCUCUGUACAAAUUAAAUGUACGAGAGUCUGGUAGAACCAGGCUACAUGAACUGCAGAAUGAUGGCCAAAUUUGAACCCACAGUUGUUACAGUGCCAUUCUGUCUUCCCAGUCAUCGGCCUCCGGACUUCAAUUCCCACAAUCCUCUUCACUUCCUCACCUGAACUGUGUUUAUCAUCCUCACCUGACUGUCAUUAUGUUCAUCACUUUAUUGUUUAAAUAUUCUGCUGUUUCCUUUGUCUUUGUCCGUUUUUGUCUUUGUUACAUGUUAAGUUGUGUUGGUGUAUGUUUGAUUAUUGUAUAUUCCAAUUGUUAAAAGUUAAAUGUUUGUUUAUCUCGUUGUUCUUGUCUUCAUCGUUCACCACCAACUGUGACAACAGAUUGUGUGCUGAAACAGAAGUAGUGCACAGGGCAGUUGGGAGCUCCCUGGAACUAAUUCCAGAUCAUCCAAAAACAAAUCUAACUGAUGUUAAAUGGACAUUCAAUGAGACAGUCUUUGCUGAGUAUACUAAGAAUGAGCUGAAGCUGCUGAGAGAUAACUUAUUUGCCGGAUGGUUAGAGAAAGGUGAUAUAAGCAUUACAGUUAAUAAUCUUCAGCUUCAGGACUCUGGACUUUUUUCAAUUGUUCAAGAAGGACACAGUGGGCAAUAUGAAACAAAAUUCAUUCAGCUGCAUGUACAUGAUCUCAUCAGAAAUGUAACAAUUGAGCACAAUGAAAUCUGGUUGCAAUCAAAAAACAUAUGCACAUUUAAUCUUUGGUGUCUGGUGUCCGAUAAUGUAAAUACAUCCUACCACUGGAGUGGCUAUCCGAAUAAUAAGGGAUCACACUUAAAUAUCAGUCUAACUCCAGAAGUGAGUGCCACAUUAAACUGCACAGUCAGCAACAUAGUCAGUGUUAAUUAUACUACUAAGACUGUGAAGUGCUCAGAGACACUUGGACAAGGUUUUCUAAAGAAGAACUUGUUGCUCAUUUCAAUAGUCGCUGGAGCUGUGUGUAUUGCCGUGGCCAUUGGAAUCAUAGCAGUGUGCUAUAGGCGCAGGGCUCAGAAAGGAAAGGGGGAGAGUGAGGCUGGAAUUACAGUUUAUGAAGAUGUAAACGUUGACCCUGUUGCAAAGAAACGUUCAGACAGUACUAUAAAUGGAACUUCUAUUUAUGAAACCGUGCAGGAUGUGAGAGUCACAUCAAAUAUGCCUCAGACCGUUUAUGACAAAAUCAGCUAUCAACGUCAGCAAGUGGUCACGCCCAGCACUUCCUCUCCCUACCAAAAAGUUCUAAAGAACAGACCCUCCCCACACAGCAGCAGACUCCUGUGCGGAUCCACGUUCAAGUCGCCAAACCCGCGUGACUGUCACAUUCGUUUUGGAGCCGCGCAGAGGAUCAGCUCCGCUUCCGGCAGCGCCAUAAAUUCUACUGUCAAACAGUGGAUCCUGAACGGACCUAUGUCGGAUCCUCGGACACGCCUUUACUGAUUGGUUAAACAAUGCACACCUGUCAAUCGAGACUUUCUUGCUGGGACACAGUUCAGCUGAACCCUCUUUUGAGUAAGUAUUGAUUUAUUGAUAUAAUUGUGGCAGUAAACAUUGUUUUUUAAUCAUCCUGUAUACUAAUGAUUGGAAUGCGUUGAUAUUAGGAAAACUUGAGCAUGUUCACUAGUGGAUAAUGGUUAAGCCCUAGCUGUGCAUUAUUAAGUUUACAUGUUGGCAAUUUUGGUGUAGUGUAUCUGCCAUCUUCUUUGUAAUGAAAAUUAAUCUUUGGCAAUUUACUCAUUGUUUGACUCGGUUCAGACUCACGGUCACACUGCAAGAUGCCAUGUGACCUAAUCAGUGACUAAAUGAAUGCAGGUGUCAGUCAGAGCGACUGUGUGGUUGGUAAAGACAAUCUUCUCGUCUGUUAUUUUGAGCGUCUGUUAACAGGGUGAUUUAACCAGAGGUGUGUAACGAAUUCCAUUUACAGUUUUGGGUAACUAGUACUUUUAAAGUGAUUUUUAAGGAUACAUUUACUCAAGUACAUUUCUAGUGAAAAAACUGUACUUUUACUUCAUUCGGUGGCAUUACUAUGAUAAGCAUACUUGACUUUGGAUGCUACAUACCAUAAACAUCUGUCUGUUUGAUUACAGGUGCUGUGUUCAACCUGGCAACAAGGAGACGUGUAAUGGGAGAAAUGAUUAAAUAAUAAAAAAACAUUUUUGUUGAGCAACUUCGUCUUUCUCCAGUUAUUCAUUGUCAGAUGUUUUAGCUGUGCAUAGUGCAGCAUUUCAUUGAAGUUGUAGCCUAAUAGAUCAAGUAUUUU